CCAAUGACCCGUUACCCUUUUUUUUUUUAUCAUGAGGCUUACUUUUGUCUUGUGAGUUUACCAAUAGAUUCUUGUUCAAGUUCACCUUGCAUUGAGCAUUUGGUAGUUUCCUAUUAGAUUUAGUUAUGGGUUUUGAAUUCCACAACCUUUCAUUUCAGAGUUGAGGUACCCUCCGUUCUUGGCAGUGGUUCACUAUGGUUAUUGCUUCCCGGCGAUAGUUGAUGGGAAUACGGGCAAGAUUUCGACGAGUGCCCAAGCGGCCACAUAGGGAUGGCCUGCUUGUGACAUCAAAAAAAAAUGUGGUUUUGUAAUGGCUGGUCUAGAGGUACUAGCACACAUAGCCAGGCAUAGCGCCCACACAUAGAAAAGGUCGUGCAAGUAUCUAUUUUCAAUAGGGUACCAACUUGUUGUCCCACUUUAUGCAAGAUGCCUUAAGUCGUAAAAUUCCGUUGGGAGCUCGGGCAAGCGAAUCCAGAUGGCCGUACAUGAUAUUUUGGCUUGCGAGGCAACAAAUUUUGGCUCCCAUCUUUUCAAAGACAAAAAUUUAUUAAAGAUGAACCAUGACCCGUCGUGCAGAUCAUGGAACAUAUUGUGUUCAUGGCUGAAUCUUAUAAGACAAAAACUCCGCUCCCAAAUCAACUAGUUUCAGGUCCUCAGUGGGUUUCCACAAGUUCAUUAAUUUUAGUUUUAAGAGCUGGUGAGCCACUUUUUGGCCAAUUACUUUCACAAUAAGGGAUUGUGCCCAGGGUGCAUAAAUGCGAGAUUUGUCCUCAAAAGUUAGUGGGAUAAAACUGUUGUCGUCCAGCAACGGAGUGACCGCAUCUGUCCCAAGGAACAAGAGAAUCCUAAAGAUGAAAGAGACUAGUGGGAUGGAUGGGGAAAACAAGGCUGCACUUCAGAGGCAGAACUCCGUUAGUUGCUGCUCAGAAAAUAUCUAUUAAUGCACCUAAAUCCAGAGCCAGCAGGGAUUCAGCAACUGACCCCCAGAGCUUGUAUGCCAGGGUUGAUGUUAGCACCAUGCUUGAAGAGGCAGUCCAGUAUGUGAAAUUUUUGCAACUCCAAAUCAAGGGCUUUGAACAGCUUUUGAGCUCUGAUGACCUUCGGAUGUAUUCUCCAAUCGCAUACAACGGAAUGGACAUUGGCCUAGAUCUGAAGAUGGGCACUACAAAAUCAUAAUGUUGAAAAGUUCACGAGACAUGGUGCUAUAAUUGGAUUAAUUGUACGUUGGUAAAUUGAUUGAUGAGAGCAUCACUAUACUAGGAGGUAUAGAAUUAUUGUCAUUUUGUAAUGGAAUCUAAUAAGACAGAACCUAGACUGGUUAUUAUUAUCUUAUCCGUGAGAGACUUGUCAUUCA